AUGGGGGAAGCAGACAACAAAUGCAGCGUUCCUUUUAUCCGUAUUUGCGAUUUUAUGGAAAAGCUUUCAGGCAUCAAAGGGAAAAGAAAAACUCAAGCUUUAAAAGAAUUUUUUGAGCACUCAAAAGUCACGAAUUUCUUUCCAAUUGUCAGACUAAUGAUUCCGAAUUUUGAUAUGGAAAGAGGCCAAUACGGGCUUAAAGAAAGUUUAUUGUAAUUGCCCGAGGAUGACUCUUGCGCCAUCCUCGGGCAAUUUACUAUAUCAUUAUCUUACUUAUUGGUAAGCCCUCUGUAAUUCCAGAAGGACUGUCUUCACCCCUUAAAACGCUCCUUGUCCUGCUGGCCAGUUAGUGCACGGCUUGCAAAAGAGAAACUCCUGCAGACAAGGCUGCACUUGUGGAUGAGUCACACCACUGCCCCAUACGUCAACAAAGGUUGCCCAUCAUGAAAAUUCAAAACAGUGAAUUUUCUAGUUGAAUCUCGGCCAAAAAUUGAAAUUCGAUGACUGGGGUAUUACUCCCAACUUCGCGCUGGGGAAUAGUCUCGAUUGGCUAGGAAACAUACCACAGAUUCUGUUGUGAUCUCUUUUCCAACUCAUUUCCUCAGGGGCAAAAAUCUGGACCUGGAAGAAACUUACGAUUGGCUUGCCUGACGUUCUUCACCAAACCAGGAAAAUCUUGUUGGAUACACAUUCCUGGACGUCAUGCUCCUUUCCUGAAGAUCCCUGCUCACCCUAUCGGGUGCCAGCUACAGGAGUUAAGAGGGUGGGUUGUUCCCGACAUCAUUCAAUCACAUGGCUUAAGGAAGUCACCUUAGCGAAAUAUUACGCUGAGCUUCUCAGCCUCCCAAAUCGAGAAAAAGAAGCUUUAAUCCAUUUCAAAGACCCAAAAAAGCAAUUACCCGGCUGUCCAGCUGGAGGAUUUGUGGAGGUCUUAGAGUUCAUAAUAAGAAAUCGUGUAGGAGACUCUCAAAAUCUUACAGUAGAAGAAAUCAAUGCUUAUCUCGACGACCUGGCCAAUGCGCUUGAUAAGCCAGCAAAGAAAAAAAUUUUAUCUGAGUUAGUUAGAAGAAUGAGCGCUAUUGAGCAGAAAUGACUUGUGAAGAUCAUUCUGAAAGAUAUGAAACUAGGGACACACGAGAAGCUUUUAAGUUCUUUUCAUGAUAAAGCGCUUGAAAUUUAUUAUAAUACAAACAAUUUAAGAGAAGUCUUUACAAAAUUAUUCUCCUUGAAAAUAUAAAAGAAAAUGUUAAGGUGCCAUAAUUUAUAUAGAAAAUAGAAUUCUUAUAGAAAAUUGUGUAAAAAUUAACUGAAUAUAGUAUAAAAGAUAAAAACAUUGAGCUUGGAGUUCAACUUUUUACAUGGGGCCAGCCAAUAAGACCAAUGCUUGCUGGGAGAAAGCCAUUCCAGGAACUAAAAAAAUUACUAAUAAACCAAGAAGUUUAUGUUGAAACAAAAUUUGAUGGAGAAAGAAUCCAAUGCCAUUAUUGCUCUGAUGGCAAUAUUAAAUUUUUCAGUAGAAAUGCAGUUGAUUAUACAAUGAUGUAUGGGAGAAGUCUAUCUCCCUCCUCCAUAAGCGAACAAACAAAUUUGUUCGCUCAUGGAGGUUUUUUUUUAAAUUUAUUAUGCAAAUUUUUUUUUUGAAAUUAAAAAAAUGCAAUUAGAAAAAAUUGAGAAGUAAAAGUUAAUUUAAUUUAAAAAAAAUUUAUGUUUUUAAAAUGCAAGCUGUUUAAAAUUCAACCGAAUUAGCUAGAGAUUUAAUCACUUAUAUAUCAAAAAAUAUUUUUUUCAUAAGAAAAUUAUAUAUUAAAAAAAUUUUUGCUAGCUCAUGGAGAGAGGGUUUUGACCCAAAAAGAUAGGGAUUUUUCCUAUAGUUUUAUUCUCUCACAAAGGGGGAGUAAGAGAAUUAAUUCUAGAAAAUGUCCACGGAGUUAAUGCUUGCAUUCUAGACGGAGAGCUCAUAGUCUGGGAUCUAGGUCUUGACGCUCCUGCCUCUUUUGGACAAAAUAAAACUGUUGCUAAUGAAAACACUCCAGGAAAAUGUCUUUGCUAUAUGGUUUUUGACAUUUUAUAUAUAGAAACAGCAGAUGGCACAAAGCAUGAUCUUAUGCCAAAGCCUUUAAGUGACAGAAAGCAGAUUUUAGACAAGACAUUAACUGAUGUCCCUAAAAGACUUGAAAAAGUGAAAUUUUCACAAGUAAAAGGUUCGAAAAUGGUUUUUGACCAAUUUAAUGUAGCUAUUGAAAGAAAUGAAGAAGGGCUUAUUAUAAAAAGAGUGGAUUCUCCUUAUAUUCCUGAUGAUAGAAGCUCUUUGUGGCUAAAAAUGAAAAGUGACUAUUUUGAUGGGCUAAGUGACUCUUUAGAUUUUCUAAUAGUUGGAGGCUAUUAUGGAAGUGGUCAUAGGACUGGGGAUGGUGAUGAAUUUGACCAUAUCACUGUAUUUUUACUGGCAUCACCAAGCAAAAUCGACUUAAAAGAUCCACUUAAAAGCAAAUUUGUCCCUAUCACAAAAGUUGGAACAGGGUAUUCUAUACCUGAACUAGGCGAACUUAGAAGAAGACUAAGAGACCAAUGGAAACCUUUCCGACAGUCACCUCCAUAUUGGCCUAAAUGAGUCCCAGGACCUGGCGAGAGGCCUGAUUACUUCAUAAACGACCCUUCAAAAUCAGUUAUCCUUGAAGUAAAAGCAGCCGAGAUCGUUCCAUCUGAAAAAUUCCCAUCAAACAACACAUUGAGAUUUCCAAAAGUUGCGAGAAUCAGAUAUGACAAAAAUUGGGACCAAGCCACAAGUAUGACUGAAGUCCAAACUAUUAUUGACAGCUUCAAGCGAGGAAUAACUGAGCCAACAGCAAGAAUUGAUGCUGUCCAAAUAGAAGAUGAGCCUACCAGAAAAAGGAAAAGAGAGAUUAAAACCAUCCCAAAAGGACAAGUAAUGCCACAAUUUAUGGACACUGAUACAUCAGAAAUUAUACCUACAUCGGCUAUUUUUGAUGGGUGUGAGUUUUUUAUUGUUUCUUGUAGAGGAUAUGAUAAGAGUGAUUUGGAAAUAAAAAUCGUAGAAAAUGGAGGCAGAAAGGUCCAGAAUUAUUUGCCGACUGUUACACAUAUAAUAGCGUCUGAUUCUUCGUCAAUGAAAGUCAGAAAUUUAAUAGAAAAAUAUGGCUUGGAUAUUCUUUCUCCAGAUUGGCUGGUGGAUUGUGUUAAAUAUCAAGAAAAAAUGGAAUUAAGACCGAAAUAUGUGCUCCAUGCGAGCGACGAGACAAGGAAUUAUUUUGAAAAAGAAUUUACAAAGUAUGGAGACUCUUUAAGUAUUCCUUAUAGAUCAGUUGAUGAGCUAUUAGAAAUUGCUAAAAAUUUCCCUGAAAGGGAGCUUAAUCAGGUUAAAAAAACGAUUGAGAGCAAUUGAUGAAAUCGAAUUCCUGACUCGCCCUCCUCCGAAAAGCGAAAAAAAAUUUGAAAAUAAUCCAUUCUCUGUGAGCGCAAAUAAUUUUUUUAUAUUAUGAAAAAUAUUUAAUGUAUAAAAAUUAAAUUAAUUACCACUUUCCGAUUUUUGCGGUAUGGGAUUUAGAAUUUUUAAAUUUUAACUCCCCCCCCUCCGUGAGUGAACAAAAAAAUUUUGUUCACUCACGGAGGGGGGUUAAAUUUUUUUUUUAAAAAAAUUUAUAUAUAAAUUUUAUAAAAAAUAUUUUUUUUUCGAAAUUUAAAAAAUCCUAAUUCGCAAAAAUUGGAAAGCAAAUAUUAAUUUAAUUUAUAAAAUUUAUGUUUUAAAAAGCAAUUCGUUAAAAUUAAACAGAAUUAGCUCUAGAUUUCAUUAUACUAAUUAUCAUUUAUAUAUUAAAUUUUUUUUCCAUAAAAAAUUUUUCUAUUAAAAAAAUUUGUUCACUCACGGAGGGUGGGUGGGUUUUUGGGCAAAAAAUAGGGAUUUUUCUAAUGGUUUUGUUCACUCACGGAGGGGGGGGAGUAAGAAAAAAUUAUUAUAAAAUUUAAUUCAAAUUGUUAAAAACAAAAUUUGUUCGCUCAUAGGAGGAGGGGAGUGAGGAAAUUAAAGCAAAUGUUUUUAGGAUUCCUGCUUAUAAGUUUUUAAGCAAAGUUUUUUUUAUUUAUAAAUCUGAUCUGCCUGAUCCUCUUUUUAACGGCAGAGAUCUGUGGGUUGAGCUGUAUCAGCUGAAAAUAGAGGCUCAUGGAGGAGAAGUCAGAAAUGGUUUAACAAAAGAUGUAACACAUAUUUUAAACCUAGGACAGAGAAUUCGCUUUGAAUCAAAAGCAGAAGUUGUCGAUGCUCAGUGGAUAAAUCAAAUGAUUGCGCAUUAA